AUGCAGGGUAAUAAGAAGUGCACAGACGGGUUCAGCGACUCCUCGAGCAUCGGCAGCGUGCUGGACGAUGCCGACAGGGAGGUUAGCAGCCUCACAGACCGGGCCUUCCGGAGCUUGUGCAUCUCAGAGGACACAUCCUUCAACGACUCUGACCUGACCCUGUCCCCGGACAUCACCCGCCAGGUGCUGGGGACUUUUCACCAGGGAACAGUAAGCCACACCCACAGGAAAAGCAGCAUCUGGAGCCAGUUACCGUCGCAAGGCACCGAGCAUGCGGGCUGGGCGGCCACGUUCCAACAGCUACCCAAGUACGUUCAAGGGGAGGAGAAGUACCCCAAGAGCAGCCCCCCACUGACACCAGCCCAGAGGAGACUGGAAGUGCCCCUUUCCGGCCUGAGGAGCAGCAGCAAGCCGGCUUCGAAAGUGUCAUCACUAAUUAAAUCUUUUGACAGGACUGAGAGCCAACGUUGUGACAGCAGGCCUCCGACCAGUAAGCCCCCAGCUCUCAAAAAUCCCCCUAAAUUUGCUCCUCUUCCAGAAAGUGGUGUCAACUUCUGCUUCGAUUCUGCAUUUCUGACCGUCAGGAGGGUGCCUGCUGAAGUCUCUAGCGCCCAUCAGAUUAGCCACCAGUCUGGAAGGAAGCACGGAGAGCAGGAGUCCCCUAAGAAUCCCGAAAUGGCCUGUCAUGGCUCCAGCAGCUUCCUCCCAACACCCGAUAACGCAGCCAGCUCGUUUGAGUCCAAGUUCCCAUCCCCGCCCCACAAGCCAGCCCAGGGUGAGCCCGGAAGAGGUAAGGAGUGGCCCCGCAAGGGAACCUUUCUUCAUAGUGAAAACAGUGCUUUUGAGUCAUGGAACGCCCACCAACCGAGGCUGCCCGAGAGAAAGGAGGUCGCUGACCCUGUCCCAGAAAGCAAAACUCCCAAGCAUUACGAGGAUGCACCCAUGUUAAGAGAGCCCCCUGCCCCUGAACACAGAGUCUCCCCCUGCCAAGCCCGGGCCAGCUGCAGCCAGGAGGAGAAGAGGUUGGCAGCAGCGGCUCUCACCACGUCUGGACCCUGGGGAGCUAGGGAUCCAGGAGCCCAGGCAUUCGCUGUGGAGGGAAAAGCUUCAAGCUCACAGCCUGACCCUCAGAUGAAGCCGACCCAGGCCCCAUGGAGGAAACCAAAGCCUGGCAAAGGAAGGAAAGAAAGUCUACCAGAUGCUUCGGAAGAGAAGAAGCAGGCCACCAGAAGGGGCCCAGCCUUGUAUACAAAACACAAUCCCCAGGAUCAAUUUCCAGAAAACGAGGCUCUUGACCUGCCCAUGGACCCCAACGAGCAUUAUAGUCCUCCUUUUAACAUCAGUAAGCUUCUGACACCCGUCAUCCCCACCAAGCAUGUCCUGGAGCCAUCCGACAGCCAGCCGGUGGAGAUGACCCCAUCACCCCCAGGACAGCUGAAUGGGUACCAAGAAAAGGAGCCCAGUGAAGGUCAGUCUAGGGACAGCUACAGAUCCAAAGCCCCCAGCCUGCUGUUCAACCUCAAGGACGUGCGGAAGCGUGUGAAGAGCACGUACAGCCCCUCACCACUCCUGAAGGGCCUUGAGGAGAAAACCAGAGGCAAGCAAGAACCCGUGAGCAAUGGCGUCCUCCUUCCCAAUGGGCUGGAGGAGAGCCCUUCAAAUGAGCUUCCUAAGGAGAGACCAGCUGAUGGCUCUUCUGGGUCGCACAUGAGUACCCAGAAGGACUCUGACGCUGACCCCGGUGCACCCUCUUCAGAGACCUGUCUAACUCUUAGCUCACCCCCAGCUACCACCCAAGCCCCUUUCUGCAUCAACGGGGAGGGAGCUAACAGAAACAGCUACGAGAAAGACGAUGGAGACCCAGAGAUGGGUAUCAUCAGGUCGGGCAAGAAUCCAGACGCCGGCAAACCCUGCCCCAGGAAGCGUCUGUCCCUGAGGCUUUGCAGCAGAGAGCCUGAGGCAGGGAAGGCUGCAGAGAAACCUAAGACCCCCAGCCUUGAGAAGGGGUUCCUGAGAUCCGUGUCUCAAGAGACAGAACCUGAGAGAGACGCAGGACUGCAGAAUUCCAACUUGAACCAGAAAUUCUCCCCAGGGCCCCUCUCUCCCGAAGAAGAAGAUGUGUUUUACAGUGACACCCAAUCAGAUUUCAUGCCAGGCUGCAAAAGUAAGGCCAAGUUCAGCACCAGCUCUUCAGACCAGUCCUUUGCCUCAUUUGAGGAUCAGCAGAAAACGUGGUUCACCGAGAGCCAGCAGGAAGACAGGAGGAAUGACGGAAGUGCAGGAGACAGUCGGAAGGACGAGAAGGAGAAAGCGAUGGGGAGCGAUGAGCUCCAGCACGGUGCCCUGAGUAAUGCGCCCGCGUGUGUGCAGGAGCACAGCAAGGGGGAAUCAUUGCAAGGAGAAGGGGAAGGUUUGUCUGGAUGUAGACCCAGGGGAGCAUCGGGAGAGGAGGCUAACUUCAGAGGUACUUGGAUGGGGGGAAGUAAGGAUACAGCCAAAGAAUUUACCCCCUCGCCAUCUUCCACUUCAAACAAGCACAUACUGUUUGCGAUUAAAGACAACACCCUCAGGGCCACCCCUGUGAUAAAACCCAUCAUGCUGCCCCUCCUGAGGACCAUGUCAUCAGAGGACUCACUGGGUGGCAGCCACAAAGAGGAUGACUUGCCAAAGCCAGGCUGGGGAGAAGAGGCUGGUCUUGGUGGCUCUGAGAGCAAGGAAAUGGCCAACAUCCCAACCCCCGCUAGCAUGCAGGACACACACUCGAAGCACACAGCCUGGGAGGGCACGGAGCACCAUGGGCGAGUGCCCAGCAUGGCCCAGAUGGAGAUUUCCCAGCCAGUCCCAACCAGAAUUGGCCCAUCUCCUCCACUCAUGGGAGAGGGUGAAGGGCUGAAGCCACCCCCAGAGGAUGCACGUCACCUUGUGGCAAACAAAGGCAAGAACAGUUCCACGGACCAGGGGAAGCUGGAUGCUCCAAGGGGUAUCCCCACCAUCGCUUUGCCCCAAGGCGAGGCAGAAGACCAGCAACCCCCACAGCAGCUGGGAAUGUGUUGGGAAGAACACACACAAGACUUCAAAAGUCACUUAUUGUCUACACCCAGAGCAGGGCCCCCAGGGAGAAGACUGGUGCCCGGGGAGAUGGCUGUUUCUCCUAAUGCCAGCUCCCUGGAUGAGAGCAACGCGUGCUCUCCUGCCGCCAGCAGCAUCUGGGAUGAUGCUUCCCAGGCCCCCACUGAGCCGGGCCCGCUGCCAGGGCUGUCUCCUCACCCUAGUCCCUGGGCCGGCCUCUACCCGGCCAGGGUCGCCCGGCGGGAGGACCUGACACACGCCCUCACGUGGGAGGCUGGCUCGGACCCCCAACUUGAGCCAUCCGCGGAAGACCUCAGGACCCUUUCUCCAAGAGGUUCAGUGCUGGACAUGGCCAGCAGCUCUGCAGGCCUCCCUGAGAAACAAGAGCCCCCUGCUCCACUCGAGAGGGCGGUCGGCAAGCCACCGGCGGUCCCACCCAAAACAGAGAAGGCCCUGCGGCGGGCAAAAAAGCUGGCAAGCAAGAGGAGAAAGACCGACCAACUGCAAGAGAAGCAUGGUGAACCCGAUGAAGAAAAGCCCCUCCUGGAGGACUGGGAGCGCAGGCCACCAUCGCCUGGAGAGAGGCCCCGACCCAGGUUCCCCGAGGUCCGUUCCGUCCCCCCUCCCACCCACCGCCACUCAGUGUCUGCCUUCUCAGAGCCACUCAGGAGGCAGCCUGGGGGGUCCCAGUCCCUUAUGCCUCUGGUCCCUUACCCUGCCACCCAGAAGGUCCUCCAAGACCCCCAAUCUGGAGAGUACUUUGUCUUCGACCUGCCACUCCAGGUGAAAAUCAAGACCUUCUAUGACCCAGAGACAGGCAAAUAUGUCAAGGUCCCCAUCCCAUCCUCUGAGGGGGGUUCCCCUGAGCCGCCCUCACCAAACACACCUGCUUCUCCCUACAUGCUGUAUCCCCACUUCCGGGCCCUGCCAUUGAUGCCGCUGCGCUGCUCCUCUCAGCUCUCCGCCCCCACCUUCUUCAGGCAGGGCCCACACACCCCCGAGGUGGCCGGCCCGGGGUCCCAGAGGGCCCGUGAGGCUGGCAUGCCAAUGGCACCUCCCCGGCGCUCAGGGGAGGAGGGGGGAGAUGCUCCGCGCCUGGGCAUCAUCUCCACCAAUGACCUAGAGGACUUCGCCACAGAAGGCAUUUCUUGAGAAUUACAGCAGAAUAACUCCCCCUCAAAUAAACCCAGAAGAACUUAUUUCCCCUUUCCCCCAAAUGAUCAGUCACUUAUACACACACACACACACACACACACACACACA